AGAAACCUCCCUCUCCUAAAUUCUCCAAGGUCCCACGUUUUUUCACUUUAGCAGUCACCACCAAAACUCAAUUCGCGAGAUUUUCACUUCUUCUAUUUCGUAGUUCAAUCUCCUUUUAAUUUCACGUUAACUCCACUUUAGGGUUUCCCACUCCUCCUUCUCCGAUGGCUCUCGAUGCUAAUCGUGCCGGUACCGGCGCCAGCACAAGUGGAACCGCCAAAGACGAAGCAGCGGCAAAGAAGAAGAUCGAGAGUGAAGAUCUGUCAGAUGAGGAUUUGGCUCUGAAGCAACAACUCGAGUUGUAUGUUGAGAGGGUUCAGGAUUCCGAGCCGGGAUUGCAGAAGGUUGCACUUGAGAGCAUGAGACAAGAAAUUCUUACUUCAACCAACUUCAUGAUCCCAGUUCCCAAGCCACUGAAGUUUCUGCGCCCACAUUAUGGCACUCUUAAGACAUAUUAUGAAACUAUGGCGGAAUCAGAGUUGAAGAAGUACUUGGCAGACAUAUUGUCAGUUUUGGCCCUUACUGCAGAAGGAGAACGAGAAAGUCUCAAAUACAGAUUACUAGGUUCAGAGGGCGAUAUUGGUUCAUGGGGACAUGAAUAUGUUAGAAAUUUGGCUGGAGAAAUUGCACAAGAAUAUGCAAAACGACAGUCUUUUGGCAUGGAUAAUUCUGAUGCCAAAUCUGCUGAAAAUCAGCAAACUGAACAAGUUUGUAGUUUCUUCCGAAAACCGGUUAAUAAGAAGAAUAUAAGGAAACGAACUGUUGAUAAUGAAGAUAAUGAGGAUGACUCGAACAAUGAAGGCUCAUUGAUGCAUGUUCAGAAAAAGACCAUGAAGCCUGACAAUAAGUUGUUCUUUUCCUCCUGCUCUUCAAAAAGCUCUGCAUCUACUGAACCGAACGAAGAAUCUGAGAAACACGGCUUUCAUUUUGAGUCUUCCAAAGAGAUUCAAGUUCAACAUGAUAGCAAAGCAACUGCGACUUUGGAGACUGAGACUGAUUUUUUGAAAGAUGCUCGUGCCAUUCGUGAAAGAGCUCUCAAGCAAGCGUCGGAGAGUCUCAAGGGUAAGGGAACUGGCUCAGAGGAUGCAAAAUUAUACAAGGGAAUCAAUUAUUACAAAGAUCAUAAAGCUGGAUUUCGUAGAGAGCACACAAUUGCCGGUGAAAAGGCUGGUGGGUCACACGGUCCUCUCAGGGCUUCGUCUCACAUACGAGUUUCAGCAAGAUUUGAUUAUCAGCCUGAUAUAUGCAAGGAUUAUAAGGAAACUGGUUACUGUGGGUAUGGCGAUUCAUGUAAGUUUAUGCAUGAUCGAGGUGAUUACAAAUCUGGGUGGCAGAUGGAGAAGGAAUGGGAAGAAGCUGAGAAAUCAAGGAGGAUGAGAUUGGCUGCAGGUGAGGAUGCGGAGGCGGAGGGUGCUAAUUUGAAUGACGAUGAUGAUUCCGACGAUGAUUCAUUACCAUUUGCGUGUUUCAUUUGUAGAAAUCCAUUUGUGGAUCCUGUUUCAACCAAGUGCAAACACUACUUCUGUGAGCAUUGUGCAUUGAAGCAUCAUGCAAAGAAUAAGAAGUGUUUUGUAUGCAAUCAGCCAACACUUGGUAUUUUCAAUGUUGCUCAUGAGAUACGAAAGAAGAUGGCCGAGGAUAAUAAAUAAACACAUCCAAUACUAUCCGUUUAUAUCUUUGCUUCUUGGAGGUUAUCUUUAUUUUUUCUCUUUCUCUUGUUUUCCCAUUUAACUUUGUCAAACUGGAGAUGCUAUGUAAUGAGCUGAAAACAUAUAUUACGUAAGCACAUAGGUCCCAUAAUUUUUGCAUCUAUCUUGCUAAUAGACCCCGGAAUAUUUAUAAUAGUGAGAGAGUUGAAUAUGAGAGAAUUGAAUAUGUUUAAAAUAGGCCAUUAGUGGUAUAUGUUGUAGUUCUUGUUGUAGUGUAACUCAUUUUAAUUCUAAAAAGUAGAGUUCUAACUUUUCUAA